GCUUUAGUGCUCUCAGAGGGUUGCGCACAAGACACUCAGUGAUCUGCCAACAGGCGUUAAGCACCGCAGAGUCCCGUGAGCGGCGGGACACCGGGAGCCAGCCUGAUCUGGAUGGAUCUCUCCUCCGCCGAACACCCACAUCCAACAUUUCCACCCCAGAGUCUCACCGGGGUCGUUACGCACGGCUUUUACGCAUAGUCGAUGAGCGGUUCUUGACGCGCGCUCCGCGUUUCACCUGCAACGCGCGGACCACGCGACUUCUUCCACUCCCACAGGUGUGAUGAUGUCGAGCCAGCGAACUGCAGGGAUGAGUGACACGAUCGGCUCUGUGUUCUGUUGAAACGAAAACUCAACCGCAAGGACGAUGGAAAGUAGUUGUCUGCAACGGCGAGUCGCGCAGUGUGCCAAAAUGAGCUUUAACUGGCAAAGCUGGAUGAUCUCAUUGUUGGUGUUUGCAACUGUACCAGCAGCACUCACACAAGAUCUGAGCAGCAAGGAACUCGUCGAUAUUAAGUAUCCAGUCUCUUUCCCCGUCUUCCUGCCUGUCAACUACGAGGUACGGGAUGCCGACUACCUCUUCCUUAAGGAGGCUGGACAGGACUUCAUGAGGAACUCCAGCAUGCAGAGUCACACGCAGCCCUUUGUUAUUUUAAGAGCCAGCCACCAGCCAGCUGUCAACGCCAGCUAUGGUCCUGUGUCCACAGAGAGACCUGUGCCUCUGGAUCUGGUGCAGUCGGUGCAGCUUUUUAAUGCCCCAGAUGUCUUUACAUUUAACUGGAAAAUCCAGGCCUUCAUGCUGACACCCCGGGUUUUCUCCUCUAAACCCAAAGUUCGCGUUCUCUUCUACGUCGCAGGGAGGGAUUGGGGCAGAGGCAAGGGAGCCGAGGAUGAGCUACCAUGUGUGACAGUUUAUGCUUUCUGGCAAACACAGGAGGUGAGGGGUUUUUGUGCUAUAGGAGGGGAGAGGGCAACUUGCAUGGCUGAGCUUGUGCCUGAGCCCACUUGGUUUGCUGCAGGCUUAGAGGGCACCAGCAGGGAAAGGCAGGAUCCAUCUGCUGGGAACUCAGUGGAGCUGUAUUACCAGGCCCAGCCCAGGGUCAAUGGAAAGUGCUUUUCUGUGAACGGAAGCCGCUGGAGCGGCUCAGCACAGCUGCCUGAGUAUGUUCCUGUAACUCCUAUGCAGAGGAUUGGAAGUGUGCAACUGCUGCAGAUUCCCAAGGGGAUGGCGACGCUCUCUCGCCUCAAGCUUGGGAACGCAAUCGUCAUCCGGACAUCAUCCAAACCUCUGAAAAAGACUGACAUCGCCACAUUCUACAUACUGAUGGCCAACUCUGCCCAGCUCACUAACUUUACUCUCAGAGCUUCAGUAAAGAAAGGUGUGACCUUUCGAACAGCAACACCCAGCAACCCUUUACUGUGGGACAUAACACUGGACAUGGGAGCAGACGGAGCCAUUGCUGUUAUUUGUCAGAGAAAGGCCCCCAUACCUGGGAAAAGGGUUGAAAGCAGUCUUCUAGAGGUACUUCAGAUGGACUUUGAGGUUGAAGAACUGAGCAGUCCUGUUGACAGCCAGGUGAUCAUAUGGAAGCUGGAGCUACCAUCUGUGCCCAAAACUCUCGCCAAGACUGAAGGAGCCAUGAGAAUUUAUACAACUCAAAGAGACUUUGUUGGCCUGGCUCCUCUUGUGAUGGACACAGAGAUCCUGAACACUGCUGUUCUGACUGGAAAGAAAGUGCUGAUGCCUGUGAGGACAGUGGCUGUGGAGGAAGAUGGAGUGGUCACAGAUGUUUCUGACUACACAGACUGUAGUUCUACUGAUGAAGAUGUCCUCAAGGUGUCUGACAGGUGUGACUAUGUUUAUGUGAAUGGCAAGGAGACCAAAGGGAAGGUGAAGAUGACAGUAAACUUCACCUACAGCUAUCUGAGUGCUCAGCUCGAACUGAAUGUGUGGAUGCCUCGACUCCCUCUGCAGAUUGAGUUGUCAGACUCAGAACUGAGCCAAAUCAAAAGCUGGAGAGUUCCUAUUUUGACCUCGAAAAGAUCUGGUUGGAACAGUGACGAGGCUGAAAGGAAGGGCAAAGGCUGCAUGCUCCAGCUUCAGCACGCACUUGUGCGGGUUCUGACCCAUUUUGUCGCAGAGCAGGAAGACCCACGGGACCCUACAGCGUAUUUCCUUGGGUCUGAUUGGCAGGUGGAUAUUACAAGGUUGGUUCGAUACUUCAUGAAGGUCGAGGACCCUCGAAUUGUAAGACUUCAGGAAGGAAGGGUACUAGCAGGAAAAGACUUUGGGACCACAAACAUUCAGGUUUUUUCUCCACUGUCUGAUGUUAUCCUGGCAAAGACAACAGUCAAAGUUGUGGAUGAGAAAGUGAGCAUCACAGAGUUAGGUGUCCAAGUGGUUUCUGGACUCUCCAUGACGUUACAACGUAGUUCAGGAAGUAGCAGGGCGAUCUUGGCUACAACAGCCACACAAGAGGUUCUACAAAGUCCCAAGCAGGAAGCUUUGGUCAGUUCCUGGGUCCAAUUCAGCGAUGGCAAUCAGACACCUCUUGACAUCUAUGAUCCAUCAAACUUCCGACUGACAGUUACAUCCCUGGAUCAAGGAGUGGUGUCAGUGCAGGGAAAACCUCCUGUAGUAGUGGCUGAGGGAGAGGGCGAAGGAGUCUUAGUUAGAGUAGAAAUGUCCAUCUGUGAGUCCUGCCAAAAGUCGAAACGCAAAAGUACAGUGGCUGUGGGCAAUGGCAGCCUUAAGGUCAAGUUUCAGGCCAACACUCGGCGGCCUGGUGGCAGUACCCGCAGCACUGACCGAAGCUCUGUUGGAAGCAAGGACAGCAACAAUGACUAUGGAAAUGAUGGGGAAGAAUUAGACAGUGAAAAGAAACCAUCUCAGUUUCUUACUUCAAGUAUCCCCAACUCCAACAAAGAGGAGAGUGCCAUUCAGAAAGUCCCAACCACCAUCAAAUCUACAGAAAAAACCAUUAUAACCAGUGGCAGUCUAGGAGGAGUGGGUAGGACGAGAAGGCCCGGUAAUGUUGUCAGCCCAUCCAACGUAGUAAAUGUCAGCCUAAUGAGCAGUCCUGGAGACAGCAGCAAAGGGUAUAGCUCAGAAAAUAUGAUAGUGGAGGAUAUGAGCAGUGUUAGCCUUACCAGCACUGUCAAAGCUCCUGGGAAUCUGGUGAACUACAACAAUUUCCCCACAAAGGUAGAGAGCCCAGGACCCGAAAUGCCAGAAGUAGAAAGUGGUGAAGAAGCUUUGGCCAACCGGCCUCUCACAGACUUGGAGAUUGGCAUGUAUGCAUUGCUUGGUGUUUUUUGUCUUGCCAUUUUAGUUUUUCUAGUGAAUUGUGUAUCAUAUGUUGUUAAAUUCAGGCAUAAGAAGCCUCCCUCUCAUGGCCAGGAGCCAACAGGGCACAGGCAUGACUGGGUCUGGCUAGGCACAGACGCUGAGCUUGUGAUGACAGUGCCAUGCAGUCCAGUCCAGCCAGACUCCCAUACAGCAACCACUGUGAUUGACAUUGGGCCUGACAAGACUGGGUCUCUUUCUAGAAGGCCAAGUUGCCUAACCUCUGCAGCAGAAUCUCCUCUCCGUUGUGACAGCUCCCACAGGACCAAACCCAUACAAAGUGAGUCCCUCCACUCGCCCACCAGCAAGAGAAAGAGAGUUCAGUUCACCACGUUCUCCACACUGGAACGCCAACAUUCGCCACAUCUCUCACCCAAGGAAAAUGGCCACGGCAUUCACUGGGUGGGAAAGGAAGAGUGUACUGGCGCGGAACCUCAAGUGCCCAUCAUAAAGCCUGGGGACCAGUUAUAACACAGAACAUAAUGAGACUUCACAUGCACAGCAGCCGUGGCUUCGAUCACCUCAAUGCCUUUGUCAGGAAAAUGGGAUUUUGUAUAAGGCCUAUUUGACAUUUCAUUUUCCAUUAAGGCCUUUUACAUGUAUAUGUAAUGUAUAGUGUAUAUACUUAAAAUAAGACAAUGAAUAUUGUGUAAUAAUGCCACAGAUGACUAAGCAGAUGCUUUAUUGUAUACCCAGUAUUUAAAACCACAUGUUAUUGCUGCAUGAGGAUAUCUGUGGAAAACUCUACAGACACUGAAACAUUUCAUAAAAUGGG